AUGAUGAAAUUGAGAUCAAAAAGAUUCCAUAGGAGCCUUUCUAAGUUACGUCGUGGUGGUGGUGGUGGUGGUGGCGGUGGUGGUGGCGGUGGCGAUGGUGGUGGCAACAAGGAGUGUGGUACAACAAUCGUCGGAGAAAUCAAAUGGGAAUUGCGACCUGGUGGGAUGCUUGUACAAAAAAGAGACAUUGAAGGGCUAAAAGCAGAAACAGAUGGAGUUAUUAUGGUUAGAGUUGUCACUGGUUCACAAUGGCAUGAUAUUUCCAUCCAAGCAACUUCAACUUUUGGAGAAAUGAAGAUGAUGUUAUCAAUGGUGACUGGGAUGGAGCCAAAGGAGCAAAGGGUAUUGUUUAAAGGGAAGGAGAGAGAGGAUGUUGAACAUCUCCACAUGGUAGGGGUUAGAGACAAAGACAAGGUUGUAGUGUUGGAAGAUCCAGCCAUCAAAGAGAGCAAGAAGAAACUCCUCCAUGGAUCAUCGUUAGCUACAACAGAUGACGUCAUUAAUGGAGCUUCUAAUCAACCAAUUAGUGUCUAAUAAUUGAUCAACAAACAAAAACCCUAAUUUCAUUACCGAUCUGCUUUCUUACAAGGCUGAUUCUUGAUGAUAUGUGUUGAUCGAUGUUGUUUUUGUAUUUGUUCGAUCAACCUAAAUUUAGACUAAUGAGGAGUACGUUAUAUGCUUGUCUGUCGUGUG